CUCACUCGGAACCAAGCUCUGGCUUCAGAGCCCCCGGACCCUCUGGGCAGUCUGUGUCCCAGCCUGGGGUCUCAGCCAAGGGGACCUUCCUGUGCCAUCCCCCCGACCCCUGCCAAGCCACGCAUCCUCUCAUCAAGCAAAACAACCUAGACCAUGUGGGUGGAGCUGGAGGGACUUAAGUUGGAGGUCACUGGGCAUGUCGGGAGCAGAGUUCAGCCUAGGGUCAGGCUGCUCCCAAAUUCCAGUUCCAUCCCAACAUGGCCCGGCCCGGGAGAACUGUGCCUACCGCCAGGGUGGGACCUCCCAUGCCGCCAUUGUCCUAGACCUCCCACAGUGCCCACCCCCAGUAGGCUCCUAAGAGAGGGGCCAGGGGCUGGACUCAGGCCUCCCACCCAUGCCCAUGGGGCAUAGAGUUGCCGGGAAAGCUUCCUGGUUCAUACCGGACCUGACCUCCCAGGAAGUGCCCGUAACUUGGGGCUCCCAUGUUAAGUCUGGAUCUGGGCGGGGGGAGACCAGAGCUGUUGGGGCUUGGUUGCCCCAUUUGGCCUCUCCUCUCUGCCCUCCCCUUCCAGCUGCCCCAGAGCACAUCAGCUAUGUGCCCCAGCUCUCAAAUGACACCCUGGCGGGGAGGCUCACCCUGUCCACCUUCACUCUGGAGCAGCCUCUAGGCCAGUUCAGCAGCCACAACAUCUCUGACUUGGAUACCAUCUGGCUGGUGGUGGCCCUCAGCAACGCCACCCAGAGCUUCACGGCCCCACGGACAAACCAGGACAUCCCUGCUCCCGCCAACUUCUCCCAGAGGGGCUACUAUUUCACACUGAGGGCCAACCGGGCGCUGUACCAGGCCAGAGGCCAGCUCCACAUCCUCCGCGUCGGCAAUGAUACCCACUGCCAACAAACAAAAAUUGGCUGCAACCAUCCCCUACCAGGACCCGGCCCCUACAGGGUGAAGUUCCUGGUGAUGAAUGACGAAGGACCCAUGGCUGAAACAAAGUGGUCCAGCGACACUCGCUUGCAGCAAGCCCAGGCACUUCGGGCUGUCCCCGGCCCCCAGAGCCCGGGCACCGUGGUCAUCAUCGCCAUCCUGUCUAUCCUCCUGGCCGUCCUCCUCACGGUCCUCCUGGCUGUGCUCAUAUACACCUGCUUCAACAGCUGCAGGAGCACUUCCCUAUCAGGCCCAGAGGAGGCAGGGAGUGUGAGAAGAUACACCACGCACCUCGCGUUCAGCACUCCCGCCGAGGGGGCUUCCUGAGGGGUUCCAGAGGGGCCCACGUGUCCCUCCACACAGGCUGGGCUCCAGAGGAAGGCUCCAGAACAGCUAGUCCAAUCCCUAGGCAAGGUCAGAGGGCUAUUCCUGCUCAUCUGGUCAGUGGGCAAUCACCACAGCUCAGGGGUUACCAUCUGCAGAAACUAAGCAGGCAUGGGCCCAGCCAGCCCAGGUGCUGGGAAGUGCAUAUUCCUGGCCCCCUGCCCUCAGGCCCUGAGCAACAAAAGGGCUGGC